AAAGGCAAAGGUAACGAACAGCCUUCGCUUCCCCUCUUCCUGAUCUCUGCAUCGAGAUGGCCCAGGAGAAGGCGCCGCCCUCGCCGUCGCAAGAUCUGACUCUGGAGUGGGUUAGGGAUGCGCUGGUCCGGCAGGAGGAUUCCAUCGUGUUCGCCCUAAUCGAGAGGGCCAGGUUCCCCUGCAACGCCCCCGCCUACAACUCUUCCUUGUUCCCCCAGCUCGGAGGCCGAUCCCUCGUCGAGGUCUUUGUCAGAGGCGCGGAGGGUCUUCAGGCCAAGACUGGUCGAUAUCAAAACCCAGAAGAGGUCCCCUUCUUCCCAGAUGAUCUGCCUGCGCCAUUGAUAACCGCUUACAACUUCCCGCAGGUCCUUCAUCCACUUCCUGCAUCUGUUGCCGUGAGUGAUGCCAUCUGGAAUAUGUAUUUCAAUGAUUUGCUCCCGUUGAUUACUGUCGAAGGAGAUGAUGGCAACUACGCGUCAACAGCAGCAUCAGAUCUCAUAUGUUUACAGGCCCUAUCGCGAAGAAUUCACUUUGGCAAGUUCGUCGCCGAGGUGAAAUAUAGAGACGCCCCGCUUGAUUAUACCACAGCAAUUCAAGCAAAGGAUAGGGAUGCUCUGAUGAAGCUGUUGACGUUUGAGGCCGUCGAAGACAUGGUCAAAAGAAGAGUGAAGAAAAAGGCCAUGGUAUUCGGUCAAAAUGUGACCUUGGAAGACAAGGAUUCUGAUGCUGCGUCACAGUACAAAGUGGAUCCCUCGGUGGUCGCUCGCCUCUAUGAAGACUGGGUUAUACCCUUCACCAAGGUUGUAGAGGUCGACUACCUUCUCCGGCGGCUUGAUUAAGUGAGUGCUUAUUGGAAAUGUUCACCAAGUUUGAUUUACAAGUAUGAUAUAAAAUAACAAAAAUUAACCUUGCAAGUUAUAUAAUUGAAUGUGUCCGAAUAUACCUUCCCUCGUAUCUCCUUCGUGUUAGUCUAGAGACGGAUUGACAGGGAUAUCGGGGACUAACGAAUUAUCUUUGGUCACAUAAUUGAAUGAUCACUGCCAGUAAGUGUGGUA